UUGAAUGUGAGCGUUUGGAGAAAGAAAUUAGUAAACUGAAAGGCUGUCGAGAGAGCUUGAUGGCGAAACAUGCUGCUGAGUCCGAAAGACAUUGUGUUACGGUGGCGAAACUCGAAAAGAAGGUCGAAGACACGUGUGCGCAAUUAGCUGAUAUGGCAAACAAGUGUGACGAACUGUGUCGGGUUGGACAGGGUAAAGAUAAAGAGCUUGAUACGGUUACAAAGCAAAGAGAGAUUAUUGCGCAAGAGCUACAGAAAACCACAGAGGAACACCGGAUUAGGUUUGAUAAGCUAACAGAAAGUCUGACAAAAAUGGAGAAUGAGAAAAUCGAGAUAACCGAGCGAAAUGCACUCAUCGUGGCAGAGAUAUCACAGAAUUUAGAGCAAAUGGAACGCAGUAAAAAAGAGGCCGAGUCAAAAAUCGUCGCGAUGAAGAACAAAUUAAGUGAGCUGCAAAACGAAAAGUAUGAAACACAAAACGAUUUAGAGGUGUGCCGGGCGAAGAUGCGUGAAAUGCAGCGUGUGAUUGCAGUUUUGGAAUCCACUCAAUCGGUCACCACUACCAAAGAGAAAAACAAUAAUGGGCUGUACACAUGUCCACUGUGCAGUGAACAGUUUGAGUCUCUUGCAAAUAUGCAGCUCCACGCCGAAGACUGUGGCUAGAGCACUCGGGCAGUGUAGUAAAUCGUUCCAUCCUGCUGGGAGGUGUCCCCAUCAUCAAGCGAAAACGAGAGCAGUCGCCCGACGAUUCUUUUACUUAUGUUCAAAGAAAGUCUUCAACAGUUUUUUAACCAUUUCGAAAAUGUACCGGUGAUUAAAUGUUUAU